AUGAAAAAUAAAAAAGAAAACUUACCAGAUCCAAAAAUAUUAAGAAAUGUUGAUUCUGAUAAUAAUGGUGAAGGAACUUCUAAACCACAGAAUGAUAAUUUUAGAAAUAAAGGUAAAUUGCUAAUAGUUUACGAAGAGGGGAUUCGGUCUGAAGAAAUAAAUCUUAUCAAUCGAGAGGAGGAGGAAACAGAAACUUAUGUGGAUAAUCAAAAUCAACAUGUGGUAGAAGAGCCAAAUAAUAUUCCCGAGAAAUGCAUCAAUCAGAUAAAUUUAAAUGAGUAUCCUUUUGAUCUGAACGAGAAACCUGAGGAUAACGAAUAA